AUGGAGGAUCGUCGGGAAAUACUCGAAGAAAGUGACACCAGACCCACAGCGCCCAAUAGUCGUUUGGUUCAACAUGCGGAUGAUAAGGACUACCCUGACCGAGGACCUACCGAGGUCUCAGCUAGGAAUCCCGACCGUCAUGAUGCCGAUGACGACAACAGAAACCGUACUGCGGACAUUGACCCCAGAUCGAAGCUUGAAGCGCCACUCGGGACUCAUUGGGGCACUACUAGGCCUGCUUCAAUUGAAGUCAGAAUGGGACUUCAGAUAGGAUCGCUCAUUACAGCACCGAUCCCGCAAUUUGCCAAAGACCCGAGAGGCAAAGAAAAAACAAAGGAUGGUUUCUUCGCGAGCCCACAUGGCAUGAUGCUUGUCAAAAGGUACCCCUUAACAGUGUACAAUGUGGAUCGAGAUAAUGCUCGCAUGCCAACAAAGUUAUACUGUAUGCAGCGUCAUACCUAUGGAAAGAGCGGAUUAUGGAAAGACGGCCGCUUACGAGAUGACCAUCAUGUCCAUGUCAAACUUUUACCUCCGGGCGGAAACAUCGCGGACAAAGGCGAUGCAGAAAACGAUCCUCUGCUUGUUCGAGAACUGUACAACAAUAAGUCGAUUGCGGAUAAUGCCUACCUCGAGUUCAAGAGCAUCUUCGUCGUUGAACUGGAUGAGCAUGUCGAGCUAGACGGGCAAUUGGAGACGUCCAGCUGGCUUCGCUUGUUCGGAAUGCACCUGUCCACUCACAUGAACACUGUCCUUCUCCAACUAGAAAGUAGCCCAGGCCGCAAAGAGGAGGCCAAAGAAAUUGUCAACGACCUCGCUAAAGCUUUCGCUAAGAAGGCAGGCGGGAAAAACGAAGCAAUGCAUGCAGGUCGAAGUCAAAACACUACUAUCAACGAGACCACAGCGCAGACCCAAGUGGUAUAUGGUGAGCUGAAUGGCCGGGCCAACUCGGCAAGCAGUAUCGCUCAGAAUCAACUGAUUUCCACGCGUGAUGGCAAUGCCAGCCAACAAACGACCGAUAGCUGCAACCAUUUCGAGAGCGCGAUGACCGUUAUGAAGGCAAUGACCAGCCACGCUACCAACCUCGCACCUAUGAGGACGAGCGUACCAGACGUGCGCAAGGAGAUACUAUGCGGACAGUGA